CAACAGUCACACUCUACAUCCACAACACAGCCAUUCAUCCACCCCCCUUUUUCACUUCUGUACAAAGUUUCAAAACGACCAGGUGUCGCUCAUUAUUUUUUUUCCCACUUAAAAUCAUCAAACACCAUAAAAACCACUUCCAACCGCCAAAAUGGUCCGUAUUAACGCCGCUGCUCUUCUGGCUUUCGCCAUUACCGCCCUCGCGCAAGUCACCCCCAACGAUGCUGGUGCCAAGAACGUCGGCCAGGGCAACGGAGAGCAGUUCAUCACCGGAGGCUGCGUUUCUGACGCUGACUGCUCCUCAGCAUGCUGCGCCGAAGUACAGACAACAGGUCUCGGCGUGUGCUCCGCGGAGGCCGCCUCGAACCAGAACGGCAAGCUCGGCUGUGGCUUCGUGGACCCCAACGCCCAGAAGACCAUCGCCGAUGCUCAGGCACAGGUCAAGGAACAGGGCUUCUAAGCCUGGCCGCCAUGGGGUGUAGUUACAUGAGGUGGCAUAUUCUGGGUAGGUGUGCUUCGUUGCAGAGUGUAGGUGACGGUGCGAGGGUUGCAUAAAUAUAUAAAAGGACAUUAGGUAUACAUAACUAGCUUCAAUGAGAGCGCGUUCGAGUUAAGCUGAGCGAAGUAAAUGUUUUAUUGAUGAGAAGUUUUGUGACCUGACAGACAAC